AUGGCAGCACGCCGUGCAUUAAAAGCUGUUUUGGUAGAUCUCAGUGGCACAAUUCAUGUUGAAGAUACAGCUUUGCCAGGCGCACAGGAAGCUCUUAAAAGGUUACGUGCUGCUUCUCUAACGGUUAGGUUUGUGACCAAUACAACCAAAGAGAGCAAGAGAGACCUACUAGCAAGGUUGAAAAAGUUGGAGUUUGAUAUCUCUGAAGAUGAGAUAUUUACUUCUAUGAUUGCAGCCAGAAACUUAUUAGAAGAGAAACAAGUCCGGCCCAUGUUGCUAGUUCACGAUCAGGCAUUAGCUGAUUUCAAAGGAAUACAAACAAGAGAUCCUAAUGCUGUGGUCAUAGGAUUGGCACCAGAACAUUUUCAUUAUCAAACUCUGAAUGAAGCAUUCCGCUUAAUCCUGAAUGGGGCACCUCUGAUAGCAAUCCACAAAUCCAAGUAUUACAAGAAGAUAGAUGGCUUAGCCCUGGGGCCUGGACCAUUUGUGACUGCUUUGGAGUAUGCCACAGAUACCGAAGCCAUAGUAGUAGGAAAACCAGAGAAGACAUUCUUUUUGGAAGCACUGCGGGGCACUGGCUGUGAACCUGAGGAGGCCAUCAUGAUAGGAGACGAUUACAAAGUUGAUGUUGGUGGGGCUCAGGAUGUUGGCAUGCUGGGCAUCUUAGUAAAAACUGGAAAAUACCGGCCAGGAGAUGAAGAAAAAAUUAGUCCACCUCCUUACUUAACGUGUGAGAGUUUCCUUCAUGCUGUGGACCACAUUCUGCAGCAUCUACUGUGA